GCGACGCAGCCCGGUCUAGUUCAGGGUCUAGGGCGGCGCGUCACUUCCGGUAGCGCGGAGCUUGUAAAACACCCUGGAGAGAAAAUGGCGGCGGCGGCGGCGGCGGCGGCGGCUUCGGCGCCUCAGCAGCUCUCGGACGAGGAGCUUUUCUCUCAGCUCCGCCGUUAUGGCCUGUCUCCCGGCCCCGUGACGGAGAGCACCCGCCCGGUCUACCUCAAGAAGCUGAAGAAGCUUCGAGAGGAAGAGCAGCAGCAGCACCGGUCUGGGGGCCGCGGCCACAAGACGCGGAACAGUAUUAACAAUACCACGGCAGCCGCCUCGGUCGCCGCCGCGGGACCGGCUUCGGCGGCCGUUGGGAUGGGGGUCCGGCCGGUGUCGGGAGACCUCGCCCACUUUCGGACUCCGGGGGGCCUGGGCCGAGUGUCGGCCUCCGGCCCCUCGGGCCCCUCGGGAGGGCCCGGGGGCGCCUCGGCCGCCCCCACGGCAGGCAGCAAAGUGCUUCUGGGCUUCAGCUCGGACGAGUCGGACGUGGAGGUCAGCCCGCGGGACCAGGCCGGCGGCGGCGGCGGCAGGAGAGACCGGGCUGCGCUCCAGUACCGCGGGCUCAAACCGCCGUCGGCGUCCCUGGCCGGCGGCGAGGUGACUAACAGCCCCGCGGCCGAGCGGAGGAAGCCCCACGCGUGGUGGGGGGCCCGGAGGCCGGCGGCUCCGGAGCUGCAGCCCCCGUCGGGGAGAGACCGAGCGGCGCAGGACCAGGACAAGGAGGGCGAAGACCGGGAGGACAGGGGCCCGGAGGCCGAAGAGGCGCUGUGGUCGAGCCGCACCGUGAACGGCAGCCGGCUCCUCUCCUACAGCUGCCGGGAAAACUACUCGGACUCGGAGGAAGAGGGGGACGUCGACGUGGCCUCCGGCCGGCAGGUAUUCAAAGACGACUCCCUUUCCCGGCACCGGCCCAGACGGAGUCACAGCAAGCCUCUCCCUCAGCAGACGGCGAAAUCGGCCGGCGGCCGGCUGGAGCCCGCCGUCCAGGGAGGGGGAGGAACCCCGAUGAAUGACAGGGCGGCGGCCGCGGGGAGUCUAGACAGAAGUCGAAACCUCGAGGAGUCCGCGGCGGCGGCGGCGGCGGCGGCGGCGGGGCAGGGAGGAGCGUGUGAUGCGCUGGACUCCGGCCCGAUUCCUAGAUACCGUGUGAACGCGAAGAAGCUGGCCCCUCUCCUGUCCCCGCCACUGGCUGACAUGGACGCGACCCUGGAUUCGUCCACCGGCUCCCUUCUGAAGACCAAUAAUCACAUCGGCGGCGGGGCCUUCGGGGUGGACUCCUCCAGGAUUUUCCCCAACAGCGUCCCUCCCAGUGCGGCGGCGGCCGCCUCGGGUUCACUCAGGAUCAAUCACUCCAAUCAUACGGGCGCCAAUCACACCUACCUGAAAAACACCUACAGCAAACCGAAGCUCUCUGAACCCGAGGAAGAACUUCUCCAGCAAUUUAAACGGGAGGAGGUGUCCCCAACCGGGGGCUUCAGUGCCCACUACUUGUCGAUGUUUCUCUUAACUGCUGCCUGCUUAUUUUUCCUAAUAUUGGGACUGACUUACCUAGGAAUGAGAGGAACAAGCGUAUCCGAGGAUGGAGGACUCAGCAUAAAAAACCCCUUUGAAGAAACAUUUGGAAAAAUACAAGAAAAUGAAAAAAAUCUUAUGAUGAACACUUUAUACAAGCUUCAUGAUCGAUUGGCACAGCUUGCAGGAGAUCAUGAAUGUGGCAGUUCUAGUCAGAGAACACUUUCUGUCCAAGAGGCAGCUGCAUAUUUAAAAAAUUUAGGUCCUGAAUAUGAAAAUAUGUUUAACAUGUCAUUACAGUGGAUUUUUGAAAAUGGAAAAGAUGUUGGAAUAAGGUGUGUUGGCUCUGCCCCUGACGAACAAUUGACAAAUGUAACUGAUGUGCAGUUUUUACAGUCCACAAGACCGCUAAUGUCUUUUUGGUGUCGUUUUCGGCGCGCUUUUGUUACUGUCACCCACAGGUUAUUGUUGUUAUGUUUAGGUGUAGUGAUGGUUUGUGUUGUUCUGCGUUACAUGAAAUAUCGCUGGACAAAAGAGGAAGAGGAAACAAGACAGAUGUAUGAUAUGGUGAUAAAGAUUAUAGAUGUUUUACGAAGUCAUAAUGAAGCUUGCCAGGAAAACAAAGAUUUACAACCUUUCAUGCCUAUUCCACAUGUACGAGAUUCCUUAAUAUUGCCUCAUGACAGGAAAAGAAUGAAGAAAGUCUGGGAUAGAGCCGUUGACUUCCUUGCUGCUAACGAGUCUAGAGUUCGCACAGAAACACGAAGAAUAGGUGGUGCAGAUUUUCUAGUUUGGCGGUGGAUCCAGCCUUCUGCAUCCUGUGACAAAAUAUUAGUAAUACCUUCGAAAGUAUGGCAAGGUCAAGCAUUUCAUUUAGAUAGAAGAAAUUCACCACCAAAUAGUUUGACGCCGUGUCUCAAGAUUCGAAAUAUGUUUGAUCCAGUUAUGGAAAUAGGGGAUCAGUGGCAUUUGGCAAUUCAAGAAGCAAUUUUAGAAAAAUGCAGUGAUAAUGAUGGCAUUGUUCAUAUUGCAGUAGACAAAAAUUCACGUGAGCUCUUGCCCCUGUUCUUUGGCUCUCGUUUUGUUGGUGAAGAUAUCACAGUGAUGUCUGCAUUCAACCUGCUGCAUUUGGUGACAAAGAGCCAGCCAGUGGCCCUCCGAGCCUGUGGGCUUCCCUCAGGGUCAUGUAGGGAUACAAAGAACUGUAAGGUGGUCUUUUCCCAGCAGGAACUGAGGAAGCGGCUGACACCCCUGCAGUAUCAUGUCACCCAGGAGAAAGGGACCGAAAGUGCCUUCGAAGGAGAAUAUAAUCAUCACAAAGAUCCUGGAAUAUAUAAAUGUGUUGUCUGUGGAACUCCAUUGUUCAAGUCAGAAACCAAAUUUGACUCUGGUUCAGGUUGGCCUUCAUUCCACGACGUGAUCAGUUCUGACGCAAUCACACUCACUGACGACUUUUCCUACGGGAUGCACAGGGUGGAGACUAGCUGCUCUCAGUGUGGUGCUCACCUUGGCCAUAUUUUUGAUGACGGGCCCCGUCCAACCGGCAAAAGAUACUGCAUCAACUCGGCCUCCUUGUCUUUCACACCUGCAGAGAGCGCCGCCGCCGGGGGUGGUGGGGCCAGCAGCCCAGCCCAGGCGGACAAGGCGGAGCUGUAGAGCCCGGGGCUGGAGGGAAACAAGUGUACUUAAUGCACAGCUUAUUAACAGAAUUCAGAGUUGUCUAUCUUAGAUAUAUUUUUUAAAAAAACAAAACAAAACAGGGUCAGUUUUGUGCUAUUGAUAUAUUUCUUCUUUUGCUUAAACAGAGGCCCUGACCGCCACUGUAUUUUGCUAUUGACUAGAUCCGGAACUGUUUAUAACCUUAGCGAGCUGAGACAGUUUUGUGAAACUUCUUCACAAGCCACUUCAGUACCAUUUGGCAUAAUUUUCCCCAUCACAUAGCUUCUUUUGAGAUUUGUUUCCCCCCAACGUCAGGGGCAGCCGUGAAAGUGGAGAUCUCCAGGCGCUGUAGGGGCCGGAGCUCAGAAUGCGGGGAGCAGGGAGGAGACCUGUGAGACACAUGGCCCCGGGCAUUUCACAGAUAAGGAUGGAGUGAUGUCUCCUGAGACUUCUUAGCUUUGUGGACUGUUUGAGCUAAGGUCGUUUAUUCUCACUAAAAGGGUGUGAAGGUCUAAAGUCUUUCCUUAUGUUAAAUUGUUGCCAGAUCUGAGGGGGCGCAAGGAGCGUUGUGGCAGAGAAGUAAACAUUACCUCACGGUGAGGCCUUUACUUUAUUUUCCAUUGAAAACUUUGGAAUGUAAGACAACUGUAAAAUGUGGAGCCCCAUUUUGCCCAGAGUUCACAAAGAAGAACACCUGCCCUUGCCUUGUAGGAGUCCGUCCCUGCACACCUAAUACCAGCUGAGUCUGGAAGGGCGCGCUGGUGAAUUCCACUGUGCACACUGAAAUAUCGGGAACAAGCAUUUCACCAGGCAGCAGAAACAAGAGAGCAGAGGAGUCCCAAGAGGAUGUCCCCGGGGGCCAAGUAGCCAGUAUUAGGCAGGAGAGCUGACAGGGUCCUGCAAGUAGCAAACAGCACCCAAAGGGAGGGACUCUGUGCACAGGUUCAGGUGAGCUCUGGAGAGAGGGUGGUAGUUAACAUAGGAAUAGCCAGGAGUCGAGUCACUGAUCUGCUGUGUGGCAAGAGACAAGCCAUUUAGCCUCUCCAUGCCUCCUCUUCAUGUAUAAACUGAGACAUACAUUAUUUGUAAAAUAAUCGACACUCUCAGGGCAAAAUUAUUAUCUUGCUACACAGUGAAGAUCAGUGUUGUGAAAUUAAACUGAUCUGGUUCUAAUAGCCCUUGAGGCUGAAACCCAGGCAUUUGAAAUGGAAAGAAGUAGAGAGGAGGCUGACUUAGCUGAUUGGUAUGGAAACAGUUGGGCUAAGAGCCAGAAAUGUUUCUUUGUAGCAGUGUGGCUGGUUUUACUCCAAGGAGCCCUGCUCAGCUGCUGUAGAACAUUCAGGCUGGUGGGAUGGCUGUCAUUGUGCACGGAUAUGAGCCGUGCUGAUACAAGUUGGUAUCGCCGCCACCAGGUGUGCAGGUUCAGUUUUUAUGGCUGAUAUAUUUUGUCUCUGUGGCCUUGAACACUAAUCCUGAAAUGUAGUUUUUGGAAAAAUAUUAUUUUUGUAAAUCGUUGGAGACAUGAAAAUUGACAUCUUUCCUGAUAUGCACCAAGACAAAAAUAAGAAAGAGGGACACCUGACAAUUUUAGAGGAAGAAUGAGAAAUUAAAAUGGAAAGUUGUGACAAAUCAAGAUGUCAGUGUGGUCAUGUCUGCAUUCUUCUAUGUCUCCACCAGCUUCCUGGGGAGGCCCUGAGGUCCUGGUGACUCCUGGUCCUCGAGGCCCGGCCUCGCAAUUCCGGAUAAGUUAUGCUCGUCUUCCCUCACGGCCAGGUGUUUCCCCUCAGGCCAGGGUCGCUGGGGAAUUUGCAGGUUUCACUCCCCUGUAGACAUGAGAUAUAAAAUUUAAGAUCAUUGAAGCCUCAGCAUCCAGACAGUUUUAGAAGCUGUUCCCGACCUCACAGAGGGAGCCCCAGCAUUAUCCAGUGACCCAACGAUCCCAUGUGGAGUCGGCCAAAGAAGUGGGUCUCCCCGGGCAUUUCCUGCCACAGUGUGAGCCUGUCCUUUGGGGGUCCACGCAGCACUUCUCACAUCCCCCGAGUUAGGUGUGGUGGCCUGCCCUGGGGUCCCUUGGACACGAGCCACAGUGUUGGGAUAGACAAGGAAGAUAAAUGAGGGGCUUCUUUCCUCUCCCCAGAGACUCUAGGUUCUUACUGUUCCUUCACUUUUAUUGUAGGGCUUAACAUUUCCCUCAGAAAACUGUUUCUAAUCCUUAGUCUUUGUUUCAUGGGAAGCCAGUUUUUAUUCUACCACGUUUCCCAGCAUCAACUUUAAGAAAAAUGUAGCAUCCAUCGGAAAAAAAAAAAAAAAAAAAGUGGUUUGAUUCCAGAUUGCUUUUGAGUUUAAGUGGUAUCAAAUUUCAGUAUAUUUCUGUCUUAUGUUAAGGAAAUAUAUUACUAAAAUGUCAGUGAGCAAUAAUGUCAGCUGUCGAGCACUAGAUUUAUUUUUGCAGGAUAUGGAGUGCAAUGAACGGAGUCAAUAUGGCGAGGUGUAUGUGAUCUGUGGGAGUUAUGCCAUUGAGCAUAGGAAAUGCAGGGGACCUUCCCUCUCUGCCCCAGUCCUUGCUGUACCGUUAGGAGACGCAGACUUCUGCCGUGUGUACAAAGUAUGGCCAGACAAUCAUGCAGAACAGGUCUGAAGAAAGCAGCAGUAUAUAUCGUAUUAGAGGACAUUUCUAUGUAUUUUAACCUUGUACUUCUCAGAUGCAUUUACAUUCUUAAUGCAAAUAACAUAGUAAUUUAAAAGCCUCUCCAUGUUAACUGAAUUGAAAAUGUCUUGCUUUAAAUACAGAAUACAACAGAUUACUAUUUGUUCAGAAGGACAAAUAUUCUUUUUGCCUUAGAUAGCUUUGUAAUAAUUUUUUCUCAAACGAUUCAAAACUUUUGAAAAUGGUGUGAAAUUUUCAUUAGAAAAUCCCUUUCCUAUGUUUAUUGUAUACAAUAAUUAUGCAAUAAAAUUUCUUUAUA